GAUAAAAUUUCACUUUAGAAAAUAAAUUGAUUUUGAACAAUUAAUAUCUGUAAACUAACUAGUUUCUUACUUCAAAUCACACCUUCUUCUUGGGAAUAUCAAUCCUUCAAAAACAUGCAGAAACAGAGUCAUAGCCAUUUCAAGCCAGAGAAAUCAUGGUGCCUCAUCAUAACAUUAGUAGGUUUAAUAGGAGGUGCACUUUUCAUGUCCAUGUUUCUCAAAAUGUCAAACAAUUGGAUCUUGUGCAGCAACAACGAGAAUACUAAAGCUCCAAGAAUGGGAAAAAAUUUUCUUGAUGAUCAUGGCAAGAACUGGAAUCCACAGCAACUACAGCUGGAUGCCAUAUUACAUUAUGCAACAUCACGAGUGAUACCUCAACAAAAUAUAGAUGAGAUCAGAAUAUCUUUUGAUAUUCUGAAAAAUCGAACUCCUUGUAAUUUUCUUGUAUUUGGUUUAGGCCAUGAUUCUCAAAUGUGGGCAUCAUUUAAUUCCCGUGGAAACACAUUGUUCCUAGAAGAAGAUCCGAAAUGGGUGGAGAGUAUACUAAAAGAUGCCCCUUUCCUUCAUGCUGAAACCGUGAAAUAUCGGACAAUGUUGUCAGAGGCAGAUGAGCUAGUGGAACAUUACCAUAAAGAACCAGAUUGUUCCACCAAAAAAUCAUUUCUACGUGGCAACCAUGGCUGUAAAUUAGCAUUAGAUAGGUUACCCGAUGAAGUUUACAAUAAGGAAUGGGAUGUGAUUAUGAUAGAUGCACCACGAGGCUAUUUUGCAGAAGCACCAGGUAGAAUGGCAGCUAUUUAUUCAGCAGCUGUUAUGGCCAGAAAUAGGAAAGGGAAAGGCGCCACUCAUGUUUUUUUACACGAUGUGGAUCGUAAGGUAGAAAAGAUUUAUGCUGAGCUCUUCUUGUGUAGGAAAUAUUUGGUCAAAGGGGUAGCAAGGAUUUGGCAUUUUGAGAUUCCUCCACCAUCUAAUGUAGGAAACAACUUUUGCUAGAAUUAUUACUUUCCUACGCAUCAAAUUUUCUUUGUUUCUUCAAAUUGGAAUUUCCAAUUUACUCUUUCCGUUUCGAUUAAG